UUGCAAAUGAGAUUCCUUAGUUUACACGUAUUGUAUAGCGUUUGGAACAACUGUAUGUUCUGGCGGUGUGUUAUAAGGCCUUGUACCGACUAACUGCCAGUGGAAUAUGCAGUGUCUAACAUGGAGCGAUUUCCCUGUGGUGAUUUUAACAUUUUUGUAUUGAUUAGGAAUAUUUUCAGUUGAAGUUGAUUUUCACGGAAAAAUAGAAAGGAUUGUGGAGCACACACGACAAAUUUAAUAAGAACAUCAUAGCCCGAGGCCUAUAUAUACACAAAUCACGCUCGUGUCAAUACUCAAGGAUUCACGGAUAUUUAAACGUUUACACGCUGACCACAGUUUUUCGAAUGGACAAUGUCAUUGUUCGACUGACAAUCUAGAAUCUCCAGUUCAGAAGGUGGGAUACAACCCUACGGUCAGUGGUAUUACUCAACUGUGUACCGCGAUUCUGGCAGUAGAGGAGCAGGAUUAUAAAAGUACGAACAAAUGAAGGUGGAGUAGCACUAGCGGUAACCCAGCAGCAGCAGCAGCCUCAGCAUCAGUAGUAGUGGUAGUAGCCCGCCUUCGCCUCAGCCAGCACAACUAUCAGGACAGUGCUAAUGAUACGACUCAACUUGGACUGGGAAACUGCGGGACACAAUUCUUAAUUAGUGAUAUCCCACAGAGGCAAUGGCCGAGUAACACCGAUGACAUAGCAUUAUGACUUCACACGCACGUGGACGUAGCGAUUCCUCCGGACAUUCUAGGAUACACUGGUGAUUUCCUUGGAUACGUGUUUCGGUGGAAAUGAUCUUAUCUUUGUUGUAUAUAUAUAUUAUAUAUCUCUUCUCUCUAAAGUUUUGCUUGGAUGUUUUGUGACCUAGGAGACCUAUUCUCGGUUUAUCUGUGAAUGAUUCAUAUACUUGAUUAUGCUUAGGAAAAGCAAACUUAAAAGUCCUCGAAGUAACGUCAAAGGAAUAUACCUGAUGACUCUGGUGGAGGGGCUAUACCUGCAGUUACUGCUCCUGUGCGUGAUACAAAUGGUUGAUAUGACGACACUUCCGCCCGUGUUCAAUCCUACAGCCCUAAACGUAACGGCGUACGUUGGAGAGACUGCAACACUGCCCUGCUCUAUCAGUCAUCUUGGAUCUCGGGAGGUAAUAUGGAAGAAGGUAAACGAGAAGCACGCUCUGACUGUGGGUGAAUUCGUGUUUGUAAAGGACCCUAGCUUCAGCGUCAAGCACAUACCGUACCGGGACGAAUGGAACCUAAUGAUCACCAAUGUGCAGGUCAAACAUGCCGGCAAGUACGAGUGUCAAGUCAGUACAAAGGAAAACAUGCAUCGAUACAUCACUCUGACAGUCUCAGAUAAGAGGACGCGAAUAAGGAAUGAGCCGAGCAAAAAUUAUCCAGAGGUCCACAUAUCCGGACCGAAGUACGUCGAGCGGGGACACCCAAUCCGCCUGACAUGUAACGCCACCGGUUCCAUUAGGCCUCCAGAGCUGAUCGACUGGUUCCAGGAGGGACGAAAGAUUAAAUCAAACUCCAUUGGAGGAAUCUCCAUUUCAAAGUAUAUGCGUCAAGAAACAAACACUCUUUACAGCGAACUUGUCAUCAGACACAGCGACCAGGUGGAUUCUGGGACGUACAUCUGUCGAAGCUCGGAUGAUAAGAUUACGAGCCAUGACUUACUCGUGUUAAAUGGUAGGUCACACGAGGGACCUUCGGAUGUACUUAAUGCAGAAUCGACACUCGGAAAACGAGAAUCUAAUAUAGAUCCGGAUAAUUUACCUAUUAAUGAGGAUCCAUCAAAAACAGGGAAUCAUCAGAGUCGGAAUCGACCUUCCCAUGGGCUGUUCUUCUGUGUCCUUCUCAUUCCCUUCGUGCUCAUAUGAGUCUCUCCCGGUGCUGUAACGGUAGGGACCAAUCAUCGUGGUUCCCACUUCAUGUCUUAUAUAGAACCUAUUUUUGUACGUAUGUGAGAGGAACAAACACUUGCCUUGACGACUGCUCUGCCACGUGUGGACGAAGCCUUGCUUUAUCAUACUCCAACAUGGAAGGAGAUUAAUAAAGGCAGGCAGGCACGCCCGGGGCCUUACAGGCGUCGAGACGACGAAUUGUUGAAGUAUUGGGACCAAACUACGCUCAAUCUUAUUUUUGUUUUGUUUAAUUUCUACUUAAUGACUAUGGAGGAGAGGGAUUCUACUUGCAGUACGGGUAACGCUAGUGGGAUCUGUCUUAUGUCUCCUUUGGACCCUCAUGGCCAAUUGUUAUGACUUAUUCAAGAUGACGCUUUCAUUAGUGGUACCAUACAAACGCAAACGUGAUAAUUGUUUUACUUGUGUUCAGCUUUAUUGUGGUCAUGGGAAAAAGGAAAACAAACAAACCAAUAUACCUAUUGAAACCACUUUUGAAUGUUCAACUAUAUGUAGAGACAGUUUACUGUUACAUGCAUAUAGAUCACUAUCGGGUUUCGAAUGCAUACAACUAGUAUGCUAGGACCGAUAGUAUGCCGACAUAUUACGAGGAUUCCAACCGCGUUUAGAGGCUAAGUAACCAUAACAUGAUGACAGGAGCCGUUCGCAGGUGCGUAGUGCAAAGGAUGCAUGUGUAACAUGUGGUACCCGUUACAGCGCAUGACCUGUGAACAUGCGUACAGGGGUCGGCCAGUGGUAAGGUCGCACGGCAUGAUAUGGACACGUGUGGCCACAUGAUCACUCAGCUGGGAAUUCAUAUUUCACUACAUUCCGGAAGACUAUACUACAAGGGGAGACGGAUUGAUAUGUGUUUUCUAAUGGAUAUAUCGUAACGUGGGACAAAGUCAAUACUUUCUAUUGAAGGUUAGCGAAUCGACAGAAAACAACACUGCUAGUAUUUCCUUUGAUCUUACAGAACAUGUUACAUAAACAAUGUGAACAUGAUGUAUAUAUUACCUACACAUGCUUCUAUUUGUUAUGGAUAUAAUGCCGGGCGGUUCUAUUUGCUGCUGGAGUACUACAAAAAAAGAAUAUAUAACACUCCGAUAACGGAGCUACACCAGUGACACUCAACAUGCUUGUGGUUAGUUCUCUUGAGGGCAUUCCAUACAUUUCAAUAGAAACAUUAUGUACUUAUUUAUAAUGUUUUCAUCGACAUUUUCUCGUUGGUAAAAAAAAACUGUUGUACGUAGUUUAAUUCCAAGGGAUAUUAACACAAAUUGUUGAGUCCCCAAUCCUCCGUCCCAACUCUAGUAAACAUGUACCAAUCAAGUGAUGAAUGCUAUGCAAACAGUCUUCCAUUGUUACGAUGUAGACAACAUUGCAAUGAUAAUGUUUUUUUUUAAAUAAAUAAGAUUAAAAAGAA